AUGCCGUCUUUGAUCAAUGCCACGGUGGAUGACCUUCGAGAGGGCCUUGAUCGAAAUUGUUUUACCAGUGUGGAGUUGGUCAAGGCAUACACACUUCGGAUCCACGAGAUCGACUCUAGGACGAAUGCUGUCUUUGAAUUGAACGAUGACGCGCUGGGGAUCGCACAGGCUCUGGAUGGCGAGAGAAGUAGACGUCAAGUUAGAGGACCGCUGCAUGGGCUGCCGAUUCUGAUCAAGGAUCUUAUCGGAACGGGGGAUCAACUUAACAAUACAGCUGGGUCUUUUGCCCUCCUCGGAUCCAAGCCUCCUGCCGAGGCCACAGUGGUGAGCAAACUCAGGGAACAGGGGCUUAUCAUCCUGGGCAAAAGUAGCGUGUCGGAAUGGGCCAAUUUCCGAUCCUUCAAUUCGUCAAAUGGGUGGAAUGCCAGACGAGGGCAGACGUAUGGGGCCUACUAUCCUGGACAGGAUCCGAGCGGAAGUUCUAGCGGAAGCGCCGUUGCGACUGACCUAGGACUUGUCACCUUUGCUCUGGGUACAGAGACAAGCGGCAGCAUCCUACUUCCGGCGGAGAAGAGCAAUAUCGUCGGUAUCAAGCCCACUGUCGGCCUUACGUCGCGAUACAUGGUCAUUCCCAUCAGUGAGCGCCAGGAUACGAUUGGUCCCCUAGCUAAGACUGUUAAGGAUGCUGCAAUGUUGUUGCAGGCCUUUGCCGGUGCGGACCCACAGGAUAAUUAUACGCUGGCGUCGCCUUUCGGUAAUUUCCUGCCGAACUAUGUGGAUGCAUGUAAGCUAUCUGGGCUGCGAGGGAAACGCAUUGGUGUUCCGCGAAAUGUCAUCGAUUACAUGGAGCAAACCGAUGCCUCGGUGAUGCAAAUUUUCGAGCAGGCUGUCUCCGUCAUUGCGGCUGCUGGUGCGGCAGUUAUCGAUGAUACAAAUUUCACCGCGUACAGCAACUUCUACACGAGCUCUAUCCCAUCGUUGGUGGUGGCUGCUGAUUUCACAUCCAACAUCGCCGCUUACCUAUCAAGUCUGACCAAAAACCCAAAUCAGCUUCAUAGCGUUGCAGACAUUCGUCGGUUCACUCAGCACAGUCCACCAGAAGAGUAUCCAUCUCGUGACACGGGAAUCUGGGAUUCAGUGAUUGCGGCCGACAUGAACAACACCUCCCCCGAAUUCUGGCCGCUGUACCAAGAGAACCUGCAAUUCGGUGAAGAAGGGGGCUUGCUGGGAGCACUAAGGCGACAUGAACUUGAUGCUGUCAUCUUGCCGACUACCCUGGCAUCUGAUAUUCCCGCUAUUAUCGGAACGCCAGUAAUCACCGUGCCGAUGGGGGCGUUUCCGGAGGGAACCCCAGAGCAGCCAAACGCGCGGGGAGAUCUGAUUGAUCGGGCGCCAGGUAUCCCUCUUGGUAUCAGUUUCCUGGGACCUAAGUGGAGCGAAGAGGCGUUGAUUGGUAUGGCUUAUGCAUUUGAGCAGCGGACACUGGUUCGCGAUCGACUUGAACGGUAUAUCGAACCGCUCUUUUGA